AUGCCUCAAAAAGAGAAGAAACGCACGCUGAUUAUCGUCUCCAAUCGUCUCCCCCUCUCCCUCAAGAAGAUUGACGGCUCCUAUGAGUCUUCUCUCUCUAGUGGAGGGCUAGUGACCGCCCUCUCAGGCAUCAGUAGCUCUACAAACGUCCGGUGGUUCGGUUGGCCGGGCAUAAACAUUGAGGACCCCGAGGAGCGCAAAAUUGCCACCAAGGCACUGGCAGAAAAGAACGGGGUCGGGAUAUUCCUAGAUGAGAAGCUGGCGCAUAGCCACUAUAAUGACUUUUCAAAUGGAAUCGCCUGGCCAAUUCUCCACUACCAAUCUGGCGUCUCCUUCGACGAAGACGCCUGGAAAGCUUACCAGCGCGUGAACGAAAUCUUCGCCGAUGCUGUCGCAAGCGAAGUCCAAAACGGAGAUUUGGUUUGGGUGCAUGAUUACCAUCUCCUCCUAUUUCCGGCGUAUCUACGUUCACGGCUCAAGGAACUGGGGAAGACGAACUGUCCGAUUGGGUUCACGUUGCAUACGCCCUUCCCCGCGGAGGAUUUCUGGCGCGCCUUACCCGUACACAAUGAGUUGUUGGAAGGCGUUCUUGCAUGCGAUUUAAUUGGGUUCCAUACGGACGAGUAUAAGCGAAAUUUCAUCGAGUGUUGUUCGCGCGGCUUAGACGUUAAGAUUGAGGGGGGAGACAUUGAAUAUAACGGGAAUAAAGCACAUAUCGGGACAUUUAUUGUUGGGAUUGAUCCGCAGAAGUUUACGGAUGGACUCUUGAAUCCACCAGUCCAGCAGCGUGUGAAGGAUUUGGAGGAGGUAUAUAAAAGUAAAGUUGUCAUCUUGGGUGUUGAUCGACUGGAUUAUACGAAAGGUCUUGUCCAGAAAUUGCAGGGAUAUGAAUACUUCCUACAGCAGCAUCCAGAGCUCAAGCAGAAAGUCGUCCUCAUUCAAGUCGCUAUUCCUAGCCGUGAAGAUGUGAAGGAAUACCAGGAGUUAGAGAAAGAGCUCAAUACACUCGUUGGGAAGAUUAAUGGCGAGCAUUCGACCCCCUACGGAACACCCAUAGUCUACAUCCACCGCUCCGUCUCCUUUACAGACCUAUCAGCCCUCUACCGCAUCUCCGACAUCUGCCUCAUCACCUCCAGCCGUGAUGGCAUGAAUCUAGUCGCAGCCGAAUUUGUCGCCUGCCAGAAGGACCGCUACGGAGUGCUCGUCCUUUCAGAGCUCGCGGGAGCCGCGGCAUUCAUGGGCACGGGGAGUAUCACAUUUAACCCAUCUAGUGGACAGCAGGUAUGCGAUUCUAUUUACAAGGCGGCUACGAUGAGCCGGGAGGAGAAAAAGACGAGUUACGAGAACCUAGAGGAAUUUGUUACUACAAACACGAGGAGCUUAGCCAAUGCUGCGUUCACAUAUCCUUCAUUACAAAAACGCGUAAUAUCUACCACCAUGACGUCUCGUAUUAUCGACGUGAUCAAAACAGACCACCGAGAUAUUGAGGACUACUACAACAAGGUUCUCAAUUCAGCUACCGACAAGGAGAAGAUUCAGUGGCAGAACCAAUUUACCUGGGAAUUGGCCCGCCACUCAAUCGGCGAGGAGCUGGUUGUCUAUCCCCAAUUUGAGAAGAAGCUCCCCGAUGGCCACGCUAUGGCAGACAAGGAUCGUAAAGAGCACCAAUCGGUCAAGGAACAGCUAAAGAUAUUCCAGAAUAUGAAACCUUCGGACCCUGCAUUCGAAUCUACUGUCAGAGCGCUGAUGCAGGAUCUUUCCGAGCACAUUAAGGAAGAAGAGAGCCAGGAUCUCCCGAAACUAGAAGAGACCCUGACGGAUGAGGAAAGUGAGAGACUUGCUAGGUCCUUCAGCAACACUAAGAUGUUUGUGCCAUCACGUUCCCACCCUAGUGCUCCUGACAAGCCUCCCUUCGAAACCGCGAUUGGACUUAUGACUGCUCCUAUCGACCAUCUGGCUGAUUUGUUCCGGAGCUGGCCACAUACUUCUGGCAUGCCGAAUCCGUCUUCUAAAUAA